GUAUUUGCCUGCAACUGGGGACCCCCUAUUAUUCCUCUUUUGUUUGUACUCUAACGUUAUUGGAAGACUACCCAUCUGUUUUGUACACAGUUGUCAAUCGGGGACAUUAUUGUCCUCUAGUGUUCAAGGUCCCCAAUUGAAUGCAGACACAAACUCACACACCCAAACGCUCAUAAUACGCAUGGUAUGUCACAAACUUGACUCAGUUAUAUUUUAAGUAUCGACUGGAGGACUGGCAGCAAGUCUAAAGCAAUUAUUGCCGAUGGGGGGGGGGAGCACGAUGACAAUUAGGUGCACCUACAGCACACACAAGCACAACGGGCGUUCCGCUUCACUGCAUAAGAAAAGACCCACACCCUACCCGCGGUCCCAAUCUCCAAAAUAUGCGCCAUCCAACUACAGCCCUGCCGACCCUUAUGCACAAGUGAAUCAGACGAGACCCGUGAACAGUGGAAACUACGAAACAUCUUGCUUGUCUUCCCACGUUUUGGAAUCUUCUCUAAGGGAUUUUUAUCUCCAUUUCUUCAAAGUUACUGCCAGUGUCGAGACAGGGAUGUUGUGGGGGAAAGUAACAUUUUCCUGGGCGCUCAUCGCGCUGACCAUGUGCCUGGUAUUCUCAUCUGUUGAGAGCAACGGAUUGAGUUUGAAUUCUUGUCCGACGGACAUCACGGCAACACGGUCUGAGUUGGUGUACUGGUCUCCUCCAAUGGUCAGCACAGCAAAUAGUGCAGGUUUCACUCUGGUUGGUACCCACCAGCCAGGCCGCUACUACUAUGAGAACACAACCGUUACCUACACUGCCGAGGAUGACGCUGAAGUUCGAAUGUGUACUUUUGACGUCAUCAUAGAAGAUGACGGAUCACCUGUGAUCACCUCCUGCCCUGGCGACAUGACGGCGACAGCCCCUGCCGCAGCCACCCAGGUCUCCGUGUCCUGGAGUGCCCCCACUGUCCAGGACUCGACCAAUGUCCAGGUCUCUUCCACCAGAUCCCCGGGUGACCAAUUCAGCCUCGGCCGCAACACUGUGACGUACACCUUCAGAUACACUAACAACGAUUCGGCGCCGAUGUCGUUUUGUCGUUUUGAUGUCUUUGUUCAAGAGGGUGAUUCAGCUACAACGCCAACCAUAGACUGUCCCCCAAACAUGAUGGUCACCCUUGAAGUGGGCCAGGAAUCGGUGCCCGUCACCUGGGAUGACCCCACCUAUCCCACCAAUCUCGGCAGUGUCACCGUGGCUUGCGCUCGGAGCAAGAGCGACCUAUUCUUUGCAGGGGACAAUGACAUCAACUGUGUGGCCUACUUUGAGAGUGGGGAGGCACGAAUGUGCGACUUCACUGUAACGGUCACAGCUGCCCAAGACUCUCAGAAUCCGAGCAUCGUUGACUGCCCAAGUAACAUCGUGGAGUAUGUUGCCCCAAAUGCCACUGGCAAAAUAGUGACGUGGCCCGAACCCACUAUUAUCGACAACAACCAGCAAAACCUUCAGCUGGUGUCCAGCCACACCAAUGGCAUAUUCUAUAAUGUUGGGACAUACGACAUCACCUACACGGGCACCGACGCCUCCAACAAUGCAGUCACGUGCCAUUUCCGCCUUAGUGUGAGAGUUGAUGAUGCUCCACCUGUAAUAAAUAAUUGCCCAUCGUCCCCGUUCGUGGCCUACGUGCAAUCAGGCCUAACCUCGGGCCAGGUGAGCUGGCCACAGCUCACCGCCACCGACAACGCCGAUACCAACGUCCAGCUUGAUGGUCCCAUGGGCUUUGCCAAUGGAGGAACAAUGAGCAUUAAUGAAACACGCUCUGUGAUGUACGUCGCCACUGAUGACUUUAACAAUACCAACAUUUGCGCAUUUACCGUCAUGUUGUUGGUGGACCAAGUCCCGGAUUACACCGUCGGCUGCAGUUCUGACACCACCUACCCCACCGAGAUGGGGGUCAACUACAGGAAUGUGACCUGGCCCGAGCCCAGGGUGACUGACGACCUCAGCCAGGACAGUCUGAUACUGACCAAGUCCCACGAGCCGGGCAUGAACUACGAGAUCGGCGUCUACAUCGUGGAGUACACGGCCACGGACGCCGUCGGAAACGUGGGCACCUGCAGCUUUGUCAUUACAGUCGCAGAUGAAGAGGACCCCAUGCUCAACUCUUGCCGCGAUUCACGGUCCUACACCCUGUCGCGAACCCAGAGCACCGUGGAUGUCUCGUGGACCAACCCGCCAGCCACAGACAACAGCUGCUUAGCCCGCUCCAACUGUGACACCGUGCUCUCGGUCACCAGCAGUAGCAACCCAGGGCCGUUUGGAGUUGGAAACCACACAGUGACCAUAACAGCGAGGGACGAGGCUGGCAAUACAGAUACCUGCACUUUCUAUAUUAAUGUCAUGGCGUAUGUUCGAGACACAAUGAAACCGGAGUGGGCCAACUGUCCCUCAUCACCCGUCUCUGGCAACACCGACAGUGGACAGCCGACGUACACGUACUCUUGGGUGGCACCCACGGUGACAGACGAUCGCGGCAUCAUCGUCUCCCAGUUCGCCUCACACUCUUCACCCUUCGCCUUCCCCAUUGGCCAGACUACCGUCACGUACCGGGCCACAGAUGCUGAAAAUAAUGAGGGGCUCUGCACGUUUCCUGUUACUGUGACCGACAAUCAAGCACCUGCAUUUACUCCCAACACGGGUUGCGGAUCCACCAUCACCCACUACGUGCGCACAGGCCGCACCCUCACGCUGGCCGUACCCACCCCCUCAGCGACAGACAACUCAGGCGUGGCACCCACCAUUACCAAUUCAAUAACCAACCAGGCUACCUACACCUUCAGCGCUGGGAGCCAAAUGUUUGAGUACACGGCCACAGACGGUGCGGGGAAGUUUGACAGCGAUUGUCAAAUUACGGUGGUUCUGGUGGAAGAUUCCGAUCCAUGGUCGGUGCGAGGUUCGGUCACGUUGACGCGCAUCCGGGGGGUCGCUGGGCAGUUCUCUGAUGCCUCGUCCACACAGCUGCUGGCCGAACUGACAGAGGAUAUGGACAGGCUCUUCCGUGGCUCUUCCAUCCGCUCCCACUUUGUCGGGGUGGACUCUCUCACCCACACUUUUGUCGGAGGAAACCCGCGGGUCACCUUCCGACUGUACUUCAACAAAGGCCGGGAGGGACGGCACACGUCCCGGCAGAUCACCGAGGCCUUCUACGCAGCCCUUAGCAGCUCACGUAGUUUCGCCACCAAUAACUUUGUCCUCUCAGGCUCCCUCGAUAUCCAUGUCCGGGAGUUCAAGCUGACGUCUACAAUUAUUCAGCUGGACAACACGCCCAAUCCAGCCUUUGUUAGCUCAUAUGAUGAGCCCAAAAGCUCUGUGUAUAUCGGCCUGGAAAAUCGCAUCAACAUGGCGAUGGACGGCGUCUAUGGUGGAGACGCUACCUACUUGGUGUCGGUGCUGGUAGACUUUAGGGAUGGAAGCAUCAUUAACGAUGUGGUCUUGGUCUAUGACAAUACGUCUUCGGCGACAGAGGCCAACAUUGUCAGUCAGUUCAAUGGCCAGCUGGCUAGUUCAGGGCUGCUGUCAGGAACUGGGCUGUAUUUCAGUACUAUCCCUACUGCCCAGAACCAAGAGCUGUGUCCGACUGGGGAAUGCCAAAACAGCGGUACAUGUGCCGUUGACACAAGUUACUCCAAUGUCUGCACGUGCCCCGAUGGUUACAGUGGAACCAACUGCGAGACUGUAGACCCCACAUCAGUCCUUUCACCGGCAGUCAUUGCUGCCAUCAUUGGGGGCUCUAUUCUCCUCCUUCUGCUCCUCUUCGCCCUCCUCUGUUGCUGCAUCUACUUUUGCCGGGAGCCCUACAAGGAUUACGGCUACCCCCUGGAGAGGCCCUUCCAGAUCGUGGACGACAAGGCCAGCGUGGUGUCCUCCGUGGACGUCUUCAUGAUGCCCAGGGAGCGUGUUCCCCUUGCCCUCCCUCCCCCUCCUCCACUGGCCCUGCCCCCUCCCCCACCUCCCAAGGCCCCGACGUUGAAUCUAAACGACGAAUACUACCCCAUGGAGGAUGAGCUGUACGGGCGACGCAAUGAGGCCUUUGCCCUGGAUAUGUACCCAUCGGACGGACCAUCAUUCUCUCCCGACGGGGAGGUCUACGUCACGGGCCCCAACCAAGUUGCCAUUCGCCCCCGGAGCAAGCCCAGGCGUAACUAUCAUUACUAGAGGUGACCGGAAAAAUAUCAAGACCUGUGUUGACGGUCAAGGCAUAGAUUGCCUUAUUCUUUCUUUAAAAUGGUGAUGGAAGUAAAACAUACAGUAGUUCACUGAUUACUGAAAUACAUUCUUAUUUUUUUUAAAAAAAACUUUUGACAUUAAAAAUUCCAUAAAGAAUAUAUGCAGUGGCUUUUACCUCUUUGAGUUGUUUGAAAGUGUCAAUUCUAUGAAAAUGGACUUUUUAUAUUUGAAUUUUACCACUCCCAAAAAACUUUGUUCUUGGAAAAAGACACCUGAGAUUUCAAUACUUUUUAAGAUAAACUUUUUGAUCAGUGUAAUGUAUACCAAUUAAUUUUUCUUCAUAAAUGUUAUUGGCUCUCAAUGAAUAAACAGGCAAAGAUGCUCCAUUAAAAUGGCUUUAAAAUGGAACCAGAAAAUCCCUAUUUUAUCCAGCGUAGUUAUUUCUCAUUUUAUUAUUAAGUUUGCUUUAUUGUAACAAAAAUAUUUCAAUAAAAUGGCUUGGUGGUAGAACAGAAAUUGCAUUAUUUUAUCCAAGGUGAAACAAUGGUUAUUGAAAAGGCUUGUUUUAUUGGAGAGGUACCAAAUAGUUUUCAGAUUUAUGAGACUAGUUUUGAUUUUACAAAGUGGAGUCUCAGACACAUUUGUCAAUGAUGCUUCAAGGAGCAAUCUUGUGGCAAUGCACAUCCCUUUCACAAGUCAUCAGCUCUACACCAAUGCUACUUUUCGUCAAGUAGUAAAUGGGACAUCUACAAGUGUCUUGCCGAAAAAACAUGGAGUGCUCAACUAUUACACAGUGUAUCCAUACUUGCAUUUUCCAGAGCUUCAUUAGAAGUUUUUGAACAACUGCACAUAUAUUUUACAUUUAUAAAGCUUCCACAUUGCUUGUACAAACCUGGUUGUUGCAGUGUUGAUACAUUUUACAAGUCCUCCUCUUAGGAUAUUCUGACUGAAUUAAGAACAAAGUUGGCAAUUUUGCUUGUAGUUGGAACAUGCUACAGUCACUUUGUUAUCAAAUCCUACAGUGAAUGUAGCAACUGGAAUUAACAGCUAUGCCUGAGGUGGCUCAACGCUCGUGGAGAGGUCAUGCUUUUUCGACCAACGGGGUGUCAUGAUUAGCCAAAUGAGCACAUCGUGUUUAAGAAUGCAUGUGCAUGUGCAGGAUCCAUGGCAUCUCCAUGGAUUAGUCUAUUACCCUGAGUGUCACUGUUUGAAAUCCAAAACAAACAUGUUGUUCGAUUUGGCACGGUUACAUUAAUGUAGCAACAUGUUGUUAAAUUUGGCACGGUGAGGCACCAACUUGAGAGUUACAUCUGCUUGUUUUAUAAAGACAAGAUACCAGAGCACCUACCCAAACUAUAUCUGAAGGCUAUUGAUUAUGGGUUCAUCUGGAAACCAUUAAAUAGAUAUAUUGAGUUCAUAUAUUUUGAUGAGUACCACUAGACAAGAAUAAGUUUUAAUAUGGCCACAGCAGCUUAUAUAACAUUACACCCAUAUAUGCACAUCCUAUUAUUUUCAAAAUGUGUUUUCAUAAUUGGGCAUUCCACUUAUCAGCUUUACUAAAUAUCACUUCAACCUAUAAUGCCAAAGGGUCUGCAUCUGUUUAGUUUUUAGUCCCGAGUCUUCAAUUUCUUUCUAGAUAUGCAUUUUAUAAACGUUUUAAUGACCAUGGUAGCAAUAAAGGGAAACAGUGGAAAAGA